AUGAAGGGGGUAAAACACGGAGAGGUUUGGGAUCGUAACUCUGAAAAGAGAGGGCGUUGGAGUUCGGUUAAGCUCCUUCUUCCCCUGAAAUUGUUUCCCUCUCAUAGGGGGCAAAUGAAAGUCCCAGGCUCUACUAAAAUCUGUAAGGACUGCAAAGUGUGGCCAGGGGGACGUCAGGCUUGGGACUGGAGAGAAACAAGAACUGAGCGUUCUCCUGGUGUGCAGCCUGCAGAUGUGCAGGAAGUUGUCGAGAAAGGCGUGCUGACCCUUGUUAUUGGCCAGGGGAUGAGUGAGGCCUCGAAGGUACCCUCAUCAGCUGUGGAGUACCUCAGGAAACAAGGCAUUGAUGUGCGUGUCCUCCAGACAGAGCAGGCACUGAAGGAGGAUAAUGCUUUGGUUACCCAAGGCAUCAGGGUGGGAGGGGUCUUCCAUUCCACCUGCUGAUGGAGCCUUAAGAGAAUAACUCACUAAGAAAUGAUAAAAAAAAAAAAUUAAUUUUUUAAAGAGCCCAGGAUGGCCAGGCCCCAGAAGAUAAGGUUUUUGGGGUGGAGGCCAGGGAGCCACUGAGCUGUCACCAGAUCUGCCACCAGAAUCUGAGAAACCAGAGAGAGGCCAACCUGAUGGGACCGGUUCCUUAGGGUCCUGGAACCAGUGGGGCUCCCCACCUGAGAGAAGAGAGGGAGGCUGACCUACCUCCCGGCUGAAGCUCCCUUCUCUAUACCUUUUCUCAUCUGUGAUCUUAGAAGCUGUGUGGCUGUGACGAGGGAGGCCUUGGACCUAGUCGGUGGAGGGUCCAAGAGGCAGUGUAGGUGGCGGGGAGGCAGGAGAGUUACCCUCUCCUGUCAAUGAUUCUCCUGUCAAUCAGGAGAAUCAUUUCUGAACUGCUUCCUAGCCUGUGUUUUGUUCAUCUUUGUGACCUCCUCAGUGCCUAGUAUAGAGCUUUGUCUAAGUAUUUCUUGGCUUAAAAGAGCCCAUAGGAUUGAUAUUGUACAUUUCUUUUCCCUCCCUCAGUCUCCCUUUUUGGUAUGUGACCUGCUUCAUCCUUGGGAAGUCCUUCCUCCGAGCUUCCCAUUAAAGCGUCAACCUUCAGACAGCUGCGCGCACUGACUCGGUCUCUCCAUCCGCCUUCACUCCAGGCUGAAGAGCUGUCUUCUCUCUAGUUUCCCUCAGCUCUCGCUCCACACUGCCCUCAGCCCACUGCCAUCAACACUCUCGUGUCUCUCUCUCAUGAGGGGCCAGGUGGGGGAGGGCCCACAGUGGGUACUCAGUGCUUAGCACGGAGCCUCAAUGCCAGAAACCCAGAGCCUUCUGCAGGAGGCAGAUCCAUCUUUCAUCAUGGGAAAGGAGAGAGGCGGAAAACUCCAGACCUGGACCCCAAACUGGUCCAGAGUCGGGCAACUGUGGCUAGAGCUUCUCCCUGGACCGACCAGGUCCUCCUGGGAAGCCCAGUGCCUCCUGGAGCCCACGUGACCAAAGACAAUUGGACUGAGCUUGGGAGAAAGAAAAGUAGGAAAAGAAAGAUGGAGGCGAAGUGGAGGGAUCCCAACUCGUAAGCCCCUAGAAUGACAGGUGGGACAGAGUAUGUAAUAAGCUGGCCUCUCCAGCACCAGCAUUCUCGGUCCUCCACCCACCCCUCACACACAGCCUCCACCGCCAGCUACACUAAGCUUCUCCCAGUGCUUGAACAGGCCAUGCCUUCUCUUACCAACAGUUCUUGGCAAACAAUGGGGCCUCUUCCGUGAAGCACUCUUCCCCUCCCCACUCCACCUGGUCGAUCUCUACCCUUCCUUCAAGCCUCGCCUUAAAUGUCACUUUCUCUGAGAAGCCCUUCCAGACGCCCACAGCCCCAGUGUGAGCUGCGGCCCCUCUGUGUCCCCACGUGCUGCGGACUUCCCCACCUCAGCCCUUGUGCUGGGUUUCCGCAUACCACGUCAUCCUAUCCUCCCUGAGAGGUGGGUAAUGCCAUCGCCUUCAUGUGAAUGUGUGGAAACCAGACUCAGAAAGGUGAGCUGACUUGUCCAGAAGGACCACGAGUAAGGAAGAGGUGACUGCAAGUUGAACCCAGGCCCACUUAAACUGCACUUUUCAUCUGGCCACCAUAUCAUCAUGGCAUGUCGGCGCUGGGAGGCCCGCAUGUCUCCUGUUCAACCCCUUCAUUUCACUGAAGAGGAAGCCAAGGUUUAGCAAAGUUGAGUAACUUUUCCACAAUCACACAGCCGGCUUAUAGCACCAGAAUCAGAGCAAUAUCCCUGACUUUCUUCUUCAUCCCAAAGCUCUCUCUUCCUACCAGAUCUUUUCUUAACGCUGGGGUCCUGAAGGGCCAACCUGGGAGCAUUAUCCACUGAGCUCUUCCCCUCCAACCAAAGCCCCAGCCUAGGGGUGUCCAGUGUGCGCCUCCCAUCAGCAGGCCUCAGGAAUCUCCUUGCCCCACAGCAGCUGGCCCAGAAAUAUGACAACAAGAAGAGCUAGAAGAAACAGCAGAUAGCGGGCCCGUUGGGAAGGGGCAGAUUCAAUGAUGUUCUCUGCUAGGGGCUGUGGAAAUGAUCAAGGGAGUUAUCUGAGACAGCUGGAAGUCCAUGGCCCACAGGGGCCCUGAGCCCCUUUGGAAAUGUCUCCUAGGCCACCCAACCUCUGUUCAAUAGGCGGCUAAGCUGGGCCUCUCUUUCUCAUCCGGGGAGUGAGUCUUCCACCUCUUUCCAUCCUUCCCCUUUGCCUGCUAAUCCCUUAUACCCAGGAAAUGCUUCCUGCUAAGUCAAAACUUACUUGCUGCUGCCUAAGGAAUUUGUUCUUAUUUUUACCCUUGGUGGAGAUGGAGACCCAUAGGCACCCUGUGCUUCUGAUGCGUAUUCAGGGAAUUGAGCCACCUUCCCCGACAGGGGUCCUCGCCACUCCCUUUCCUUCUCAGGUUCCACAUUUGAAGAGCAACCUCUGACCCUCACAUAGAGAAGCCUGGC